AUGAACCGAUCAACCCCAAACUUUGGCCAUGAAGCCCAAGAGUUUCAGGAUAACUACACCUUGAAUGGUGGCCAGGAAGACGCAAUCAUUGACCCGUUGCUCAAAGACUGUUCUCCCAAUGCCACUAUGAAUGCUGGCCAUUCCAUCGAUAACCAACUAUUCAUGAACUCUGACAUGUGGAACCCUCCGCUCAACAACCCCGUUGAUUUCUAUCCUCCCGCCAUGUCAGGCAUGGGCCAUACCAAUUUGACCAAUAGCCCAAUACAACCCUCCGACACGCAUUCUUCGCCCGAAACGCCGUUCAAUGGGUUUGCAUUUGCGGCAUCUCGUACCUCGAGCAAAUCGUCUGUUCCAUCUGCCAAGUCUCCCGAUGCCGAUGUAAAGCCCAGGCGUAGUAGCAGAACCACCAAGACUCGACCCCAACAACUGUCAACAGAGACAGCCACCAAGCCAUCCCACCAACGGAGAGCUUCUAAAGCGAUUACCGUCAAAACGGGUCCAGGAGAGGAGGAGGGCCAAGAUGAAGACGAAGACGAAGAACUGGAUGAGUCUGCCAAGCGUGAGAAAUUUCUGAAACGCAACAGGAUUGCGGCAUCAAAGUGUCGCCAGAAGAAGAAGCAACAGAACGAAGCACUCGAAGAGCACCUAUGCAGAUUGGAGAUCGAGAAAGAGCUCCUGCACAAGCAGUGCAAUGGUCUUGUGGACGAACUGAGCGCUAUCAAGAAUCAACUGAUGGAGCACGCUUCCUGCAACGACGCCAACAUCAACCAGUGGCUGGACAACGAGGCCAAGAAGUUUGUCCAGCGCAUCGCCUCGCAAAGCAAGGCUCAGAUUCCACCGCAUCAAAACACUGGUGAUUGCUGCGAUAUGCAUCGUCGUAGCUCAAGUGUUGCUCGAUCGAUAAAAUCCGAUAUCAAUUUCGACCACAUGCCGGACAGCAUGAUCAAUUCCAACCCUUGA